CACUGCAGCUGCAACGCCACAUUGCAAGUAUGGCCGGCGACAGCGAGGCACAUCUGAGGGACCAGGGCGAGAAUACCGACGUCAUUCGACAACCUUUUUUAAUAGGUGUCUCCGGAGGCACCGCCAGCGGCAAGUCGUCUGUAUGCGAGAAGAUCAUGGAGCUGCUGGGCCAGAACAAGAUUGACCACCAUCAGCGGCAGGUGGCGAUCCUCAGCCAGGACAGUUUCUACAAGGUGCUGACGCCAGAGCAGAAAGCCAAGGCACUAAAGGGCCAGUUCAACUUUGAUCAUCCAGAUGCCUUUGACAAUGAGCUGAUAUUGCAAACACUCAGACAGAUCCUGCAGGGCAAGACUGUCCAGAUCCCCGUUUAUGACUUUGUUACUCAUUCCAGGAAGGAGGAGUUUGUUACUGUGUACCCAGCUGAUGUGGUCCUGUUUGAGGGCAUCCUAAUGUUCUACUCACAGGAAAUCAGGGACUUGUUCCAGAUGAAGCUGUUUGUUGACACAGAUCCAGAUACCAGACUCUCACGUCGAGUCCUAAGAGACAUCAGUGAGCGUGGAAGAGAGCUUGAGCAGGUGCUGGCUCAGUACAUCACUUUUGUGAAACCUGCCUUUGAGGAAUUCUGUCUACCAACAAAGAAGUAUGCAGAUGUGAUAAUUCCACGAGGAGCAGAUAACCUUGUGGCAAUCAACUUGAUAGUGCAGCACAUCCAAGACAUUCUGAAUGGUGGGCCAAACAAGCGCCACAACGGCUGCUUGAAUGGCCACAGCACCCCACGGCAGCGACGGGUAUCGGAGUCCAGCAGCCGGCCUCAUUGACCUCGCUAUCCCUCUCUUCAUAGAACGGAGAGGGGUGUGGGGUUGUGCUGUAAAUAAUGUCUGUUAAGAAAUCACUGUAUUUAAGAGAAGGAGAGAAAAAAAGAUGCAAAAAAAGAAUCAAAAUGCCUUUUAUUGUUAUGACUACUCUUAUUAGUUACUUUAAAUGUGAUUGACGUUAGGUUUGAGACUUUUCAGGAGGGUCAAAGAAAAGGUCUUGAAAUGUGAUCGUGGGUUAACAUUGACCCCAUGUAUUUUCCUCCCAGAUUGCAUCAUGUUUUUUGUGCCCCUUGCUGCUCCAUGGAAGUUCAUGCUGAUGAUGAAUAAAAGAGGGGAAUGUUUUUUUUUUUAAUUUUAUUUUGUAAUGUCUGAUAAAACUUGAAUCCCAUAUUGCUGGGGAGUCUGACAAAUAUUUGGGUGAGUUCCAAAAGAGAAGGAUAUGGAUUAGAAGACAAGCUGAACAAACCAGGAUUGCACUCUGUAUUUGUACUGACAAUCUUGGUUAAGGAUCCUGUCCUUUUUUCUGUUAACAUUCAAGCAACAUUCUAUCAUUGUGUUGUUCUACUACUAGUUUGUUUACCAGGAUCCACCUCAUUAACGAUGUGCUAUGUCUGCAGCAGCAGAAAUACACCACAUAAAUUCUCAGUGUGAUAUCGCAUGCAGAAUAAUGCGACUACCAAUCAAAUAAAGCCAAAGGCUCAAAUAUUCCGCUAAUAACUGACUUCAGUGUUGUAGGUAUUUUGAAAGAUUUUUGGACUCUUGUCUCUAAUGUUUUUUUUGUGUAUUGACUGUAUUUAUCUGUAUUCUGGAUCUUGAUGAAUAGAAUACUUCCAUUUUAUGAAUAAGGGAAGUAAUUAAGGUAUAUUAUUUAAGUGGUUUUUCCACAUGACAUGUAUGCACUCAGGUUCCUGGCAUCCUUUUGCUUUGAAAUGACAAAGGUGUGAGGAGAGUGUUCAGUGCCACAGCAAUAUCAUGUAUUCCAGGUGUGUGGCCAUUGACCACCAAGACCCACCAGAAUGCCUCUGCAAAUUUGCCUCAGGUUUAGUUGUACAGCCACAAUCCACACUAGUGACCAGUUUCCAUUCUAACAUUGUCAAUAAAAACAAUUUGAUCAUGUUAUUUGUAUUCCAUGUACUGUAUUUGCUGUGAAUAAUGCUGAAGAAUGAAUGAUUUGUACUACGUUUUUGUACUGUAUGACUGCUGAACUGAUUUAAGACUGAUUUGUAUAAUGUUUGUUGCUUAAUGGUCAAUAAACUGGUACUUGAAUAUUA